UGAAAAAAGGUCAACAACCGACACAUAUGAUCCACACACCCCUUUCAAUAAUGGAACAAACAACCAAACCAAUCUACUCCAACCAUCCACUACGUGUGACUUUUCUGAGUAUUCUAAGUGUCUUGUUCUCCUAUGUUAUGUUCUAUUCCUCUAUCCAUAUAAUAUCCAAAUACUCCACUUUCAGAUUCACAAAUUAACAUGACAACAGAAAUCACAGAUCUUAGCUUAGACCUCAUAGAAUUCAUCUUAUCACAUCUUCCAAUUCCAACUUUAAUUCAAGCUUCAACAGUUUGCAAAUUAUGGCACACAAUAAUCUCAUCAUCUUCCUUUUCAUCAAACCACAAACACAAACACAAACCUUGGUUUUUCCUUCAUGGUAUUCACAACAUCUCUUCCAAAAAUAAUCAAUCUUUUGCAUUUGAUCCUUCUUCUAACUCUUGGUUCCUUCUUCCAACACCUCAACAACCACUUCACUAUCCUAACAACACUUCAUUCAUUGGUACUUCUUCAUUUUUCUUCAUCACUGCUCCUAACUUUCUCUACACUCCUAUUAUCAACCCUCUUGUUUGGUAUUCUACUCCACCUCUAAAUUUUCCUAGAAUCAAUCCUCUUUUGGGUGUUUUCAAUGAUGAUUGUUCUUUCAAGUUUAUUGUUGUUGGUGGUGUUAGGUUUAUUGGUAAUCUUGUUGAUAUAGAAGAUCGUUUAGAUGUUGAAAUCUAUGACCCUCUUUUGGGUUCUUGGGAUUUAGCACCUCCUCUUCCUGCUGAUUUUAGAUCUGGAAACUCUUCUUCAUCACUUUCAUCUGCUUUAUUCAAAGGGAAAUUUUAUGUUUUUGGGAUUUAUUCAUGUUUUGUUUCUUCUUUUGAUUUGAAACUUUGUGUUUGGAGUGAUGUUAAGAUUGUUAGGCCAAUUGGGGUUGUGUUUUCUUUCAUGAUUGCUUGUAGGGAAAGACUUAUUUUAGCUGGUGUUUGUAAUUCACCAAGUGGGUCUAGUUUCAAUUUAUGGGAGGUUGAUGAAAAAAGUAUGGAUUUUUAUGAGAUUGGUGUUAUGCCUCAUGAUUUGCUUUGUAGUCUUUUUGAUGGUGAUGAAGAUGAUAAAUUUGCUAGCUUGAAGUGUGUUGGAUUGGGUGAUCUUAUAUAUGUUUUUAAUGAGGAUUAUCAUAGGAUGUAUCCGGCUUGUGUUUGCGAAAUUCGGAAUGGGAAAUGUUAUUGGAGGAGGGUGCCUCAAUUGCCAUCACUUAUGAAUAAGUUUCAUAAAGUUGUUAGCUUUUGUUCAAAUGUUUCAUUGCAUAGUAUUUUGGGUGAAGGUCAACACCAUGGACUUCAUUAAGCUCUUCGCGGAUUGUUUUCGACUACUAGGUUGGGGAGUCAGCUAUUUUGUCUACAAAUUAUCUACCAUUAUUGUACUUUUACACUACUUUCAUUUUCCAGUAUUUCAUUAUCCAACACUGCUAUUUUGUGAUUCAACAGAAAAAAGGAGGAAAUACUCAUUGCUGAAAGAAGA